AUGCCUUUCAUACCAUUUAUUGGUUUAAACCAUCACCGGAGAACAAUAAUAUUUGGAUGUGGAGCAGUUUGUAAUGAGACAACUGCGAGCUAUAUUUGGUUGUUGAAGGCAUUUAAGAUGGUGAUGUGUCAAAAAGAACCUUUGUCUGUCAUUACCGACGGUGAUAGUGCCAUGCGUGGAGCUAUAAUCACAGAGUUUCCAGACGUAAAGCAUCAGUUGUGUUCUUGGCAUAUAGGAAAAAACUUAUAUGACAAUAUAAGAAAUCGUUCGAUUAGAGCAGUCUUCCAAGACCUUAUUUCAAGAAAAUAUACAGCUGAAGUGUUUGAAAAUAAGUGGAAAGAGCUUCUUGCUAAUAAGAUAGGUAAUAAAGAGAAAAAAUGGCUACUAAGAAUGUAUGAAAAAAAAUAUUUAUGGGCUGCUACCUACUUACAUGGGCAUACUUUCUUAGGUCUUAGAAGCACACAACGCAGUGAAAGUAUAAAUUCUAUUCUACACAAAUAUCUCAACUAUGGCAUGACUCUUGUUGAUAUGAUUCAUCACUAUGAUAGAUGUGUAUCAGGUGCUCGCCGAAACGAGGCAACAGAUGACUCUAAAGCCUCCCAAUUUACUCCAUAUCUGAGAACUUGUACAAGAAAACUAGAGUUAUAUGUUGCUGAUGUUUAUACACCUGCUAUUUUUGAUCUAAUUCAAAUUGACAAGCAAAAAGGAAAAAAUUAUUGUAUCGUAGGGCACAACAUUGUGGACGGACUUCACAACUUUGUUAUCGCAAUUGACUCAAAUCCAGAGGUGUGCACAAUAGUUUGUUGUAAAUGGGAAAAUGGAAAGUUAGUCAAGUUAGCAUGUGAAUGCUUGCAACUAGAAACAAAAGGAACACCGUGCAGUCAUAUGUUUUCCUUAAUGAAAUAUCUAAAUAUUACAUCAUUUCCGGAGUGUUGUAUUUGGCCACGGUGGACUAAAAAUGUUAAAGCUGGAUUUGCUUCUGAUAGACAUGGCACAGUGAAUGAAGUCUCAGAUCAUGCAAUUAGAAACCAAAAAUUGCUGAAACUAGCAAAACAAGUGUGUUAUAAGGCAGCUAAGUCCGAAGAUCAAUUUUCUGAGCUUAUGAAUUUUCUUGAUAGCAAAUUAGCAUCAUUUAAACUGAAGGAAAAUAAAUCUGAAGCAUAUAAUGAUUAUAACUCAGAUGAUGGAACAUGUGAGAUAAAUGUAGAUGAGGAUGGAGAUACAACAAUUGUGCUAGAUCCCAUCCGAGCAAAGACGAAAGGCGCACCCAGAAAAAGAUUGAAGGCAUACAGUGAAAAACGAACUAACCGUUGUGGCAUGUGCAACCAAUAA